UUGCAUCGAUACAGGUCCAAGACAAGCAACAAGGAAAGCCAGCUUCUUGAUAGAUCGUCCAAAACCAGCCGCUCUUAGACGCCAACAAUCACUUCACUAAACAUUCAGCAGUUCAUCGCCAACCCGCCGACGAUGUCGCUGAUUCGCCGCGCCGACGUGUUCGACCCCUUCUCUCUUGAUCUCUGGGACCCAUUUCCCUUCGGUUCCGGCAGCGGCAGCAUCUUCCCUCGCGCCAGCUCCGACACCUCGGCCUUCGCCGGCGCGCGGAUCGACUGGAAGGAGACGCCUGAGGCUCACGUGUUCAAGGCAGACGUGCCGGGACUGAAGAAGGAGGAGGUGAAGGUGGAGGUCGACGACGGCAACGUGCUGCAGAUCAGCGGCGAGCGGAACAAGGAGCAGGAGGAGAAGUCCGACACCUGGCACCGCGUCGAGCGCAGCAGCGGCAAGUUUCUGCGCAGGUUCCGACUCCCGGACAACGCCAAGACGGAGCAGAUCAAGGCGUCCAUGGAGAACGGCGUGCUCACCGUGACCGUGCCCAAGGAGGAGGCCAAGAAGCCCGACGCCAAGCCCGUCCAGAUCACCGGCUAGAGACUCCGGCUUAGCUGCUCUCUGCUCACAGCCUAAAUAAAAUCAGCUCUGAUAUGGGCGCUGCGGUGUGUGUUCUGCACUUCUGCUGGUGUUGAGUUUGCGUGCAAGGUUGGGCUCGCUGUGUAAAGCUGCAUCUUUGGUCCUAGCUGAUAGUUCGGUGUGCCGUAGACUGCAGCAGCUGGUGUGCGUGUGAGCCCGAUGAGAUUUCCUUUGUCUCUUUCCAAACUGUGAGCAUAAUGAGCUUUGUAUCAUGUAUACUGUGCUAUGUUUGGCAGGGAAGCAUCGUUUAAAGUGUUUGUGUUUUA